AUGUUUGCCAGAUCAAUGCUGAGGUCUGCCGGACCUCUCCGUCAGAACAUCCGCAGCUAUGCGACCGAGGCACCCAAAUCCUCCGCUUGGACUCCCUGGAUAGUCGGAGCUGCUGCCAUCGGGGCAGGUAUCGCAGGCUACUCAUUCCUGGGCUCGAACAAAGCCACUGCGGACGCACCCAAACCGGCCGAAGACGCGAAGGCAAUGAGCAAAGAGGCUCCCUCUAAAACCUUCACGGGCGGCGAUCAGGGAUUCAUAGAUCUCAAGCUCGCCGAGGUCCUGCCCUACAAUCACAAUACCAAGCGGUUCAAGUUCGAGCUACCGGAGAAGGAUCAUGUGUCAGGAUUGCAUGUUGCUUCUGCAGUUAUCACGAGAUACAAAGCGCCAGAUCAGGAGAAGCCAGUUGUUAGACCAUACACGCCCAUCAAUGACGAAGAUGCGAAGGGUUACCUCGAACUCCUGGUCAAAGUGUACCCCAAUGGACCAAUGUCCGAACACCUGCAUUCGAUGACGCCGGGCCAAACGCUCUCAUUCAAGGGCCCUAUUCCAAAGUACCCCUGGACCCCCAACAAGCACGAGCACAUCACACUGAUCGCAGGCGGCACGGGCAUCACACCCAUGUACCAACUAAUCCGUGCCAUCUUCAAGAAUCCCGAGGACAAGACGAAAGUAUCUUUGAUCUUUGGCAACGUCAAGGAGGAGGACAUCCUGUUGAAAGAAGAAUUGCAGAAACUCGAGAACGAGUUUCCCCAGCGCUUCCGCGCCUUCUACACCCUCGACAACCCGCCCGACAGCUGGCCGUACGGCAAGGGCUUCAUCACCAAGGAGUUGCUAAAAGAAGUCAUUCCAGACCCGAAGAGUGGCAAUAUCAAGAUCUUCGUCUGUGGUCCCCCAGGCAUGUACAAGGCCGUCAGCGGUGCCAAGGUCAGCCCACAGGACCAGGGCGAGUUGACUGGCAUCCUCAAGGAGCUAGGAUAUACCAAGGACCAGGUGUUUAAAUUCUAG